GGUGUGGACCCAGCACUACAGAAAGAUAAUCGAAACCAAACAGCAACUGGAUCACCAUCUGGUCCCGCACAGUCCCAGUCAUCCUCCAAAUACCAUAGAGCCAGAUCUGGUGGAGCUAGAGAUGAACGCUAUCGCUCAGAUAUUCAUACAGAAGCAGUCCAAGCUGCACUGGCAAAACAUAAGGAACAGAAGAUGGCGCUGCCCAUGCCAACCAAAAGGCGCUCAACUUUUGUGCAGUCUCCAGCAGACGCAUGUACACCUCCAGACACUUCGUCAGCCUCUGAGGAUGAAGGUUCACUUAGACGCCAGGCCGCUUUGUCUGCAGUGCUUGCUCAAAGUUUACAAAACACAGAAUCCUGGAUUAACAAGUCUGUGCAGGGAUCAUCAACAUCAUCCUCAGCCUCAUCUACCUUGUCACAUGGAGAUGUGAAGAGUACCAGCAGCUCUCUUGCUGAUAUGUUAUCCAAUACACACAUCGAAAGCUCCCUGGCUCCUCCUGAUGUCACAAGCACCACAAAUACCACAAACACAACUACAUCCUCCUCUUCUUCCUCAUCCUUGUCCUCUGUACGCCCAGCAAAUAUUGACCUAGCUACCGCUGGGCCGGUUAAAGGAAUGCACAAAGCAGGGCGAAGGUCUAGCCUGAUGGACACUGCAGAUGGUGUUGCUGUCAGCAGUCGCGUGUCCACAAAAAUCCAACAGUUACUUAAUACAUUAAAGCGACCAAAAAGACCACCUUUAAAAGAGUUUUUUGUGGAUGACUUUGAAGAGAUCGUUGAAGUUCCCAGACCAGACCCCAACCAACCCAAACCAGAGGGUCGCCAGAUGACUCCAGUGAAGGGAGAGCCUCUUGGUGUGGUGUGUAAUUGGCCUCCAUCCAUUGAAGCUGCCUUGCAACGGUGGGGCACAACGCAAGCUAAAUGUUCCUGUCUCACAGCUCUGGAUGUGACGGGGAAACCUGUCUAUACGUUAACAUAUGGCAAACUUUGGACCAGAAGUGUGAGGUUGGCAUACACGCUACUUAACAAACUGGGAACCAAAAACGAACAAGGGCUGAAACCAGGCGACAGGGUUGCCCUGGUUUAUCCCAAUAAUGAUCCAGUCAUGUUUAUGGUAGCAUUUUAUGGCUGUCUGCUGGCAGAAGUUAUCCCAGUGCCGAUUGAGGUACCUCUUACAAGAAAGGAUGCUGGUGGACAUCAGAUUGGGUUCCUGCUGGGAAGCUGUGGUGUGAAGCUUGCUCUUACCACCGAGGUUUGCUUAAAAGGACUGCCAAAAACACAGAAUGGAGAAAUUGUGCAAUUCAAGGGAUGGCCAAAACUCAAGUGGGUUGUGACUGACUCCAGAUACCUAACCAAGGCACCAAAGGACUGGCAACCACAUAUCACAGCAGCUGGCAUAGAACCUGCCUACAUUGAGUACAAGACCAGUAAGGAAGGCAGCGUUAUGGGGGUCACUGUUUCACGUAUAGCAAUGCUUUCUCACUGUCAAGCUCUUUCGCAGGCCUGUAACUAUUCAGAAGGUGAAACUAUGGUGAAUGUGCUAGAUUUCAAGAGAGAUGCUGGCCUAUGGCAUGGCAUACUAACGAAUGUCGUAAACAAGAUGCACACACUCAGUGUUCCAUACUCUGUGAUGAAAGCCUGUCCCUUAUCCUGGGUGCAGCGUGUCCAUGCACAUAAAGCCAGGGUUGCUGUAGUGAAAUGUCGGGACCUGCACUGGGCAAUGAUCGCACAUCGAGAACAG